AUGUCCCCAAGCCCGUUAUCUGCUCAAGCUGCCGAGUCGAUGCGAUUGAUGCUCCGAAUUGGACAGCUUGAAGAGCAGUUGUGUAGAUCAACUUUGAGGCAUAUUCAAUCUCCUGCUUCGGCAUCGAACCUGAACAUCGAAACGACGAGCUCAAGCCUGGGUGGAACGUUCCACGUGCUUAAAGAGAGUGGCUCGGAUGGCCAGCCUCAGACCAUUGCCCGCAGCGUUACACAUAAAUCACGUCUGUUCGGCCAGAGCCAUUGGGGGGUUAAUGGAGUUCUCCUGAUCCGUGACGUCCUGGAGGCGAUUGAGCCCCAUCUGCGACAAGAGAUAUCGAACGCCGGGUCCGGCAUAGAGAGAUGUAAAUCCUUGGCCAGAGUCAUCAAAGGGCGACGAGCGCCUUCGUGGCCCUCUCCACCUACGCCCGAUUUACCUCCUAAAGACGUUUCCGACACGCUAGUUGAUUGCUACCUCCGGACCACUGAGGCUAUCUAUCGAAUCUUGCAUGUCCCUACCUUUCGCAGGGACUAUGAGGCGCUGUGGGUCUCGAAUUCCACACCCGACACGGCGUUCUUAGUCCAACUUAAGCUCGUACUCGCCAUUGGCGCGGUUACAUACGAUGAGCAGUUUUCACUGCGGACCUCAGCUGUCCGAUGGGUUUACGAGGCCCAAACCUGGCUUUCGGAGCCUAGGUUCAAGUCACGACUGGACAUCCCAUCUCUGCAGACCAGCCUCCUUCUUUUGUUUGCUCAAGAAAGAGUAGCAACCGGCGGAGACUCGAUGUGGGUUUCGGUCGGCGCACUGCUGAGGAAAGCAGUCUACAUGGGCAUGCAUAGAGAUCCCUCUCGCCUACCCCAGAGGACGGCGUUUGUUGCUGAGAUGCGCCGAAGGCUCUGGAAUACGAUCCUAGAGCUCGCUCUGCAGUCCAGCUUAACCUCCGGAGGGCCUCCUUUUCUCUCUCUUGACGAUUUUGACACAGCACCUCCAGGUAAUUUCGAUGACGACCAGCUGAUGGUCAACGAUCCAGUGCCGAAACCGACGGAGGAAUUUACACGGGUGUCCAUUGCAAUAGCGCUCCGCAAGACCUUUCCACACCGUCUUGCUGUGACCAAGUUCUUGAACGAUCUUGCGUCCACUGGCACAUACGAGGAGACGCUUCGGCUCGAUGCAGAGCUGCGUGCGGUAUACAAGGCUCUCCGUCAAACUAUGCAAAGAUGCAGCAGCUCGGACACGCCAUCCUCUCCCUCACAGUUCGAGAUCUGUACGGUGGAUUUCCUCAUGCAUCGGUAUCUCUCGUCUCUUCACGUUCCCUAUUUCGUCCCGGCACUACACCAGACGGCUUACGCCUUUUCCCGGAAAGUGGUGGUUGAGUCGUCAUUCAAAAUCUUCCGCGCGGCAUACCCGUCUUCUCCCAUCAUGGCCACCCAGCCCCGCGAUGAUGCGACCCCAUCUGACUGGAACGAUCUGUCGCGACUUGCGGUCUGCAGCGCGGGAUUCUAUCCAACCGUGGUUAUCCAUGCCGCUUAUCUCAUCGGAAUAGAGCUCCGGGCACAACUGCAGGAAGAGGAAAGUCUAGGCCCCGUGCCUUUGCGACCAGACUUGCUCUCUGUGCUAAGCGAUGCAAAAGCGUGGUGUCUGCAAGUUAUCAAGGCCGGAGAGACCAACGUCAAGGGCUACCUGCUCGUGAGCAUGAUUGUGGCACAAGUCGAAGGACUUAGGCGCGGGUUGUCGAGGGAAGAGACCGCCAAGCUGUUAGUCCAAGCGGCGGAGAACGUUGAGAAGAGAUGUCUGCCGCUUUUGGAAGAAAUGGCAGCAGCUCAGGGCCAGGGGGAGAAAGCCGUGAAGGAGCUUCAGCAGGGGUCAUGGACGACUCCGGUCGAGGCGAUAGAGGACUGGGACUUUAUGACGUGGCGUCUCUUUGGUAACGAUCCGGGCCAGGAGCAGCAUUUAGCCUGA